AUGGAGGAAGAGGGCAAUCCUGGCCUUGCUGGAGCUGGUGGGUUGAUUCGAGAUGCUCUCGGCAGAUUCAUUAUGGGUUUUGCAGCUGGUAGUGCAGCUAUUGUUGUUUCAAAUCAUGAGGCUGGUUCUUACUCUAUGUUGGUGAAACAAAUCAAGAAACUUACUGAUUGGAAUUGGACUAAUGCCAGUCGCCUUUAUAGGGAGGCAAAAUUAGUAUAG